AGAACAUUGUACCCACGUAUAGUACACUCCCGCGGGCGCGCGAUGCGGUCUAGCGGAGUUGUCACCACCGACACUUGCUCUCUGCUCGCUGGAUCGUGAGGUCGCUUCUUUCCCGUCUGUCUGUCUAACGUUGGUUUAUCUUCGUUGUACCUUAACGGAGGCGCGUCGUAUGUACAAAUAUAAGAUGCACCUGUGCGACUGUUUCUGGUGAUCGAUCGAGGACCUAUCGUUGGAUUUUUUGUUUGUUUGUUUGUUGCACUUUUCGUCCAGGAUGGCGUGCAAUGCCACGCGGCGGAGGGAGCCGGCAGUUUUAAUCGUCCUGUCGUCGCUGCUCGUCUGGGCGAGCGCGGCCCUGAUACCACCGCCCUGGGCCGAUCCGAUCAACAAUCCCUGCGCCACGCAACCCCGAGGCUGGCAGCUGCUCUACUGGCCCGCGGACGGCAAGUGCUACAAGAUCUUCCAGAUCGGGGCACCAUGCCCGGAGACUAUGGAGCUGGGACCGUCGGCGGUGGGCAGCGAGACCCGCGCCGAGUGCAGGUGUCCGCCCGGCACCGCCCAAUCGCCCAGGGACGCCCAAUGCCAUCCGAUUUUCACGCGGGCCUCCUGUCCCAAGGGCCACUACUUUGCACCCGUGCCCGAGCCACUCGCCAAGCCAACGAGCAGCGCGAAAAAACGCUGGGGAGUGUGCCGAGAGUCCGAGUCGUGCCCGGCCCCCGACGACCUGUUCUGGCCGCGGGACGGCAAGUGUUACCCGCGACACUCGCGCGGACCCUGUCCCAAGGGUGAACUCUUGAUCCUCGACAGGGAGGACGGACUGGCCAAGUGCUCCUGCUCCCGGGAGGGCGAGCUCGGCAAGUAUUACGCCCCAGUCGCGGCUGGCUGCUACGAGCACUUCACCAGGGGCCCGUGCCAGGAGCCCGGCGAGCUAUUCCUGCCCGGGGGCAAGUGCGGCUGUCGACCCGACAUGCUCGAGUACUAUCCCCCCACCGGCAUGUGUUACCAGCUCGGUGGACCGGGUCCCUGCCCGGCGGGGCAUCGCUUCGUCAUGCGGCCGCACCACAACGCCUCCAACGAGGAGGAGGAGGAGGAAGAGGGUAGGGUAGCGCACGCGGGCUGCAGCUGCAAGCCGAACUACGUGCGGUACGAGGACGGGCUGUGCUACAAGCUGUACACCAAGGGGCCCUGUGAGCCGGGCGACAUGCUCGCCAACGCCACGAGUUGCGUGCCGGUGCCCUGCCGCCGUGGCCGGCUCUACUUCCCGCGCGAGCGCACGUGCUACAAAAUUGGAUCGCGAGAUCCCUGCUCGCACGGCCAGAUCGUCCUCUACGACUACAGCGCCAGUCCGUCGGUCGAUGGGAUCAGCUACAACGGCGUGUGCGGGUGCACGAGCUCGCUCAAGAGUUCCGGCCGGUGUCGCGACAACGACGGGACCGACGCUGUCCUUGUCAAUGGCACUCUGUCGUCGUCGUCGUCUUGCGAGGACAAGCCCGGCGUCGUUAUGAUGAACAACGGCACGUGUUACAAGCUGUACACCAGGGGCCCGUGCGAGGAGGGCGAGUGGCUGGUGGCGCGGAGAACGCCCCGGGUGGCCGAACUCGCCGAGGGAGUUGGCUCGGACGUGCUGCCCAAGGCGCGUUGCGAGUGCAGGCCUGGCUACACGAGGACGAACGAGCUGGAGAGCAACGGUCUGCUGACGACGGUGAGCGGCAAGUGUCAGGCACCCAUCGUUGGGAUCGCCAAGUUCUUGAACGAGAACGCCAGGGCUGCCAGGUUCUAAGGUUGUCACCCUACCUGUUGAGUGUUUUUUUUCGUUUUUGUUGUUGUUGUUGUUGAUGAUGUUGGUCUGUGAUUAUAAUGACUUUUCUUCUUCUUUAUCUCCUUGCUCCUCGGAAUGCGCAAACUUUGAAUACAACGUACGCGUGAUGGAGUUGUUUCGUUGACGAUCGCUCAUUUAUAGUCAACGAAUAGACUCUUCUUUUUUUUUUUUUUU